CCUCAAACCCUCCCUGUAUUUUCUGAAGUCUGUGACAAAGCAAGAUUUGUGAGGAGGCUGCUUCUGCUCUUGCAAAACAAUGGUGCUGCUUUCUGAGAGCUGCAAGGGAGACUGAGGGUCAAGUCCCUUUAAAAAAAAAAAAGUGAAAUACAGUAUUGUGCAUCUUGAAAUCUGAAACCGAGAAACAGAAGUGCAAGGGAAACAAGGGGGAAAGUCUUGCAAUUCCUGAGGACAACUGUUGCAAGUGGAGUUUUAAGGAAUACAACCUACAUAUAUACAUUUAAAGGUCAUUGAAUGGCUUUUGUGAAGAAACCUGUGAAAUAAGGGAGCCUUGGAAGAAGAGAUUUCUUUUUCUCCUCCUCUCUGGAUAUAAUGGCCAUUGCAAAGCAAAGCAUCUUGAGAUUUGGCUUCAAAUGUCUCUUCCUAGCAAUUUUUACACUCACCUGUGAUGGACACAGCGGGAAGAGGGAGAACGGGGGUCCUGCCUGCUACGGAGGGUUUGAUCUGUAUUUCAUUCUGGACAAGUCAGGAAGUGUCCUGCACCACUGGAAUGAGAUCUAUCACUUCGUGGAGCACUUGGCCCGCAAGUUCAUCAGCCCUCAGCUGAGGAUGUCCUUCAUUGUUUUUUCAACUAGAGGGACAAUUCUAAUGAGGUUAACAGAAGACAGGGAGCAGAUUCGCCAGGGCCUGGAGGAGCUGCAGAAGGUGCUGCCGGGUGGAGACACGUACAUGCACGAGGGAUUUGAAAGGGCAAGUGAGCAGAUUUACUAUGAAAAUGUUCAUGGUUACAGAACCGCCAGUGUCAUCAUUGCUCUGACGGACGGAGAGCUCCACGAGGACCUGUUUUUCUACUCUGAGAGGGAGGCGAAUCGGUCGCGUGACCUGGGAGCGACAGUGUAUUGUGUGGGUGUGAAGGACUUCAACGAGACCCAGCUGGCUCGGAUUGCCGACAGCAAAGAUCAUGUCUUCCCAGUGAACGAUGGGUUUGAAGCCCUUCAGGGGAUCAUAGACUCUAUUUUGAAGAAAUCCUGCAUAGAAAUCCUGGCAGCAGAGCCUUCCAGUAUUUGUGCAGGGGAGUCCUUCCAGGUGGUGGUGAGAGGGAAUGGAUUCCGACACGCCCGCAACGUCGACCGAGUGCUCUGCAGCUUCAGGAUCAAUGACACCGUCACUCUCAAUGAGAAGCCCUUUGUGGUGGAAGACACCUACCUGCUGUGCCCAGCACCUGUGCUGCGCGAAGUUGGCAUGGAAGCAGCUCUUCAAGUCAGUAUGAACGAUGGGCUGAGCUUCAUCUCCAGCUCCGUCAUCAUCUCCAGCACACACUGUUCCGAUGGGACCAUCCUGGCCAUCGCCUUGUUGAUCCUCUUCCUCCUGCUGGCCUUGGCUCUGCUCUGGUGGUUCUGGCCUCUCUGCUGCACUGUGAUCAUCAAAGAGCCUCCCCCACCUCCGGCAGAAGACAGUGAGGAAGAAGAUGAUGAUGGCCUUCCAAAGAAGAAAUGGCCAACAGUAGAUGCCUCUUACUAUGGUGGACGAGGAGUUGGAGGCAUCAAACGAAUGGAGGUGCGCUGGGGAGAAAAGGGCUCCACGGAGGAAGGGGCCAAGCUGGAGAAGGCCAAGAACGCGCGGGUGAAGAUGCCGGAGCAGGAGUACGAGUUCCCCGAGCCCCGCAGCCUGGCCAGCAGCAUGCGCAGACCCUCCUCCCCACGCAGGUGGUACUCGCCCAUCAAGGGGAAGCUGGACGCUCUCUGGGUCUUGCUGCGGAAAGGAUACGACCGUGUGUCUGUGAUGCGCCCUCAGCCAGGAGACAAGGGCCGCUGCAUCAACUUCACCAGAGUGAAGAACACCGAGGCCCCCCCCCCCCCCCCCCCCAACCGGCCCCCCCCCCCCCCCCGCCCCCCCCCUCGCCCCACAGUCUAGGGGGGGGUCGGCCUUGCUCCCGUCUCUUCCACGAGUGUCCCAGAGGCUCUUCCAGCAGUACUGUAUCACAUCCCUCCUGGGGGGAAGGGGGCAGAGGAACCGGAGCCUUCCUGGAACGGGUGACAGCAGAACCAGUGACUCCGUAGUCAUCUUUCUCCUUUAGUUUUCUCCUAUUUUUUGACUCCCUUGUGCAUUGGUGCCACCAAACUAUCGCAGCAAGAAAAGCCAAGAGGCUGCAGGAGCAGGACAAACAACUCCUGAGUUCCAUUCCAGCAAGGCUCUCCCCACUCCUGGUUCCCCUGUGCCCCAUCAUGGUGAUUCCAGGACACACUGGAAAAAAGGAAUGGAUAACUAGAGUGAGCUCUUAACAAAGGAAAUUCUCCCCAGGGAAGGACUGCAAAAGACUCUUCCAAGUGCAGACAUCCCAGCCAGCAACCUGGAGACAGCUGCACAAACGUCCUGGGACAAGGUUGGAUGUGUGGCAGGACACUGAUCCCCUCCUCCUCCUGUGCCAGCUGCCAAGGGAAUGGUGACAACAGCAGCUCUGCCAGCACAGGAACCCUCUAAAUGUGGGGAGAAUCACUCACAGGCAGCUGUUCCCACGGACCAGGAGCUGGAGAUGGGAAGGUGUUGGCAUCUCAGAGGGUCUGGAAAGGAGAAGGAGUAGGUCUCUGGGGUGUGGAUCCGAGGAUGUUGGUAUGUGGAAGUGCAGGUGGAUGAAAAUGGAGUGUAACAAGGAAAAUUAAUUACAUGGGAAGAUAAAGCAGUCAGGGCGUCACGAGACUGUGACCCCAUCCCUGAGGACACCAACAACUGGGGACAGGGCAGCCUGCAGUGCUGCCAGUGAGACAGAGGAGGUGGCAAACAUUGACGAAUCUGGGAAAGGUAAGGUUGGCAGGAGAGCCUUUGUGUUCAGUUUAGACAAUUAUGUGCAUCCAGUCAAUCACUCCACAGUUCUGAAGUGUAAUUUAAUGUUUCCACUUUAAAGGAGAACAUUCUGAAUACAAACCAAAGGUUUGGUGUAUCAAGGUCUCCAAAUCCAGUCUGCUUGGGCUCCUUGUUCCUGACAGUUUGAAAUGGUCACCACUGAUGCCUUCCUGUUUCUGUAAACCUUGUUCUUUUGCCCUAGAAAUGUUUUCACGUGGAUUUUUGUGUUUUCCUUUCCUUUCCUAAAUAAGUAGCAGAUGCCUCCCAAACUGGGAGUGAAGAAGAGCCAGUGUGCUUACUCACUCCUGUCAGCUCUCCACAGCAUCACUCCCAUUAGCAGUUGUUGACUAAGGCAAAACUCAGCCCACGGGACUCUCCAGAUGGGAAUCAGUCUGCCAAGGAAUGCACUGGCUGCAUUUCUCCUGCUUUCUCCUCACCUCCACGGGACCCCCACCACAUCCCUCUGCAUCACUCAUGCACACCUGUAUCCUACAGCAAACCUGAGCACCUGCCUUUGCAUCCCAGAGCCAGAGACGGGUGGGACCACUCAGCAUUCCAGCCAAACCUCUGGCUCCCUGGGUUCCUGUCGGGAUCAGUUCUCACAAAGCUCUGUCUCAAAGUCAUAUGAGAUGAACCAUCUUUGUAGCUGCAGUUCUGUGGAUAGUGAAGGGUUGUCACCUCGUUUUUUACCAGAUAAAGAAAUGCUUUGCCAAGUACUUCCUUCAGUGCUGUUGGAUAUAUUAAUUCUAGCUUUUUCUAGCAAAACAAGAGAGAAAAAGGAAAAAGAAAAAAAAUUACUCAAGGAGGAAAGGGAAGAGAGGAAAGAGACUCAGUGGAGAAUUGCCCUGGGCCCCUUUGGGUGGGGACAGGAGGGAGCCCUCAGCACAAGGCUCUGGGUCACUGUCACACACCAGCUUCACCCUCCCCAGGGUCAGGGUCAGGUCUUAGGUGAGAUGAACACCCGUCACGAUGGACCCCAGGAUCCAGCCCCCAGCCAGGGCUGGCUGUCCUUCCCAAAGGCUCCUCAGCUCCCCCCACACUGCUCUGGCUGCAGGCAGCACGGAGCAGUGCCCAGCUGGGAGCAAAACCACCAGUUCUGCUGCUCACCCCUUCAGGUUUAUCAGGUCCAGGCCGUGGUUGGUUCCACAGGACGACUUUGUGGUUGGCAGGUGGGAGGGAGAAGCUUUAACACCCUGACACAAGUUUGGUUGGAUUCCCUCGUGGGAUGGACGGGAUCUGGUUAGAAAAAGAGCUGUUUGGUUUGGUUUCAUGAUGGAAGGUGUAAAAACUGGGAAUGGUGUAAUACAGGAUCAAUAGAUAUGGCCCUAACAGAUCCUCAGUAUUCCAAAAAGGGUGGAAAGGAAAGGAAGUUGAUUUUCAAUAUGGCAUUGGGAAUUUUAUUUUUUAAGUGUCAAUUAACCAAUAAAUAAACUGGUUAAUUAACCAGUAAACCUACUGCUGGGGGAAAAAUAAAAGCAGUGUAUUCUCCAUGACUUCUUGCAGAUGUAUAUAGAAUAUUCAUUCUCUCCAAAGUAAGGGAAAAAAACCCUACAGAUUUAAAGAAGCAAAACAAAGCGUAGAUCAAGCCUAGGCUAGAAAAACCCUGAUUUUCAAAUCCCCCCUAUGCAAUCAUCCAGUUCGUGAAUGAAAAACAAGCUCCAAAUUUUUUGUUGUACAUAUUGUUGCUGCAUGCUUACCAUAUGUUAGAUGGAAGCAUUUCCUAUCCCUUGUGGAUAAAAGAACAUUUUUCAAGUUGUAGUAAAUUAUUCUAAAGCCAAUGACAUUUCAUGGCAUGUUAUCGUAUCAAGCUGUGCUUGUUGUAUUUUUUCUUUACGAUUGUAUUGCUUUGUUUUAUAAAUGUACAAAUAUUUCCUGUAGUGACGAACACCUGUUUUGCAUGGCAUUAAUUGAGGCACUGCAGCUCCAGGCCACACACCCCCUUGCUCCAUUGGCAAAGGGGUCGAUCUGGGGUGGGAUCCGGCCGGAGCACAGUGGGGGACAAAGCCAAGCGCUCCCAGUCUGCAGUAGGUUGGCUUUGGAGACACUUCCUAAUGUUCUCAGAAAAACUGAGAGCAUUUUUGGUGGUGAAUUUUGUACCUGAUUUGUAUUUAGGAAAGAAUUCCUCCCUGUGAGGGUGGUGAGGGGCUGGGAUGGACUUCCCAGAGAAGCUGUGGCUGCCCCAUCCCUGGAAGGGUCCAAGGACAGGUUGGAGCAAC